AUGUUCCUCAUCAUGCUGCACAACAAACUGCAUCUGGCUCCAAUAGAACCACCCCAAAGAGUCCUCGACCUCGGCUGCGGCACGGGCAUCUGGUGCAUCGACAUAGCAGACGAGCACCCGGCCGCCGAAGUAACGGGGAUCGACCUCUCCCCCAUCCAGCCCACCUUCGCGCCGCCCAACUGCCGCUUCGAAAUCGACGACGUCACGGCACCGUGGACAUUACCACCCUCGCACUUCGACUUCAUCAACAUCCGCGCGCUGUACGGCAGCAUCGCCGACUGGCCCGCACUCUACGCCCAGAUCUACGCCCACCUGCUGCCGGGCGGCUGGCUGCACCAGCUUGAAAUGAGCAUCCAGAUGAAGAGCGACGACGGCUCGCUGGCGCCCGACCACAUCCUCAGCCAGUGGAGCGACGUGUUCCACGAGGCGGGCGAAAAGUUCGGCAAGAGCUUUCGCGCCGUGUAUUCGCUGCGCGACUGGGUGAAAGCCGCGGGCUUCGAAGACGUGCACGAGGUGUGGUACAAGCUGCCCAUCGGCGGGUGGUCGUCAGACGCGCAUUUGAAGGAGCUAGGGCGGUGGAAUCUGCUGCAUUGUACGCAGGGCGCUGAAGGCUGGGGACUGUUUCUGCUGACGAAGGUUAUGGGGUGGAGUGUUGAGGAGGCGCAGGUUUUUAUUGCGAAGUUUAGGAGCGGACUGAGGGAUAAGGGUGUGCAUGCUUAUUUUGAGGCGUGA